UGACAACGGCGUUGACAAGAUGGCGGACUCACUUGAUUACUGUGUUUCAUAGCCAGUCCAUCAAGAGGCACCUGGUUGAGCCUACCCCUCACCAUGUCAGCUGGUGGCUGGGGCAGAAGGGCAGCUGCUCGAAUAGACAAGACACAAACAGCGGACGAAGAGUUGCUAAAGUCUCUUGGGGAACAGAUAGAUAUAGACUAUACACAAUGGCAGAGGACGUCACAACCCGAAGUCAUAGUACAACCAAGACCACCAAGACUGAAGUUGACAAGACCAAAAGCAGGACCUCCAACAUUAGCACCAUCCCCUGUUGAGAGUGACUUUUCCAGCAGUGCAGUCAAAUUGGAUGGCGAUGCGACGCAAUCGUUCUCCCACAUUUGUCGGCACAUCUACACUCGGAAUAAGUUUGAGGCACCUGAUAAAGAUGUAGGCAAAGCUGACCGCAUGCGGAUGCUCAGGAUGAAAAUACAAGCCAAGAGAAAUGCGUUAGCGGACUUCAAGAAAAGAGAAAUAGAACUAGUACGACUGAAUCGAUCAAUCAAGAAUGAUAUCGAAACAGACGAAUCUCUCGUUCAUGACAAAGUAAAGCAUUUACUCAGGAAAUAUGAGAAAUUUAGGGGUGGUGUCUCCACGUUGAAUGUGAAAUUCAACCAGGACUUGGAUGAAGUCAUAGCGGAUUUCAAAGCAACUUCAGAACGAGUCACUGGAGAACUUGAAGGUCUUCAAGCCAGCGUACAAUCUUUGGAUGAUCAACUAAAGGUGCAACAGGAACAAUUGAAAAUACUGUUGAACUAUAAGGACAAGGAGUAUCCAGUAAAGGCAAUUCAGAUUAAUGAGCUGCAGAAAAAGAUACAGCAACUGAAGGUGGAAAAUGAAGAUGAGGAGGAUGAACUGGAGCAUAUCAUCGGGACAGAACUCGGCAAGAUUCAUAAGGAACGGAAGAAAGUACGCGAGGACAUCACGUCCAAGGUGACGGAGGUUUCCAUAGGCAAGAUGCACCAGUCGCUGAAGGAUAUGGCGCUACAGAAUAUGGUCAUGGAAAAGGAGAUUGAAUUCCACACAAACCAGAUAAAAGAACUGAAGGCCAUCAACCGACACCUUGAGAAAACUGUUGAAGCAGCUAGGAAUGAUCCUAAAACGAAUGUCAGGGUGCAGUUAUUCCCUGAAUUAUUUCCUAAUAGACCUAAGUGCACUCCAGACAUGGAACUAGUUUUAGACAUCCCUAUGCAAGAAUGGCUGCCUAUUUGAUCUCGGAGAUGGUGUGAUCUGUUCCUAUUUUGUGAUUAGAUGUAGGUUGUGGCAAUGACAAUAAUGCUGCUGCAUUUGUUUUAUAAAUAUUCAUGUUCACAAGGUAGGAAUAGCAGUCUGGAGAUAUCUUGGAAAACUUUAACAAAAGACCUUAUGCAGUUAUCUCUGAUAGACUUCCCUAGGGUCUGAAUAGUUGUACUUGGCUCUUGGGGGUGGCCUACUUCUGGCCAUGAAGGGGUUAGCACAAUCAACCUUGAUUGACAAACCAUAUUUUUUCAUUGGCUGCAGUGGUGAAGUACACGUCAUAUCAUUUUAAGUGACUGUGAUAAAUCAAAAAUGCCAUAUUUUGGUCACUCCAUGUUCUUGAGUGGGUGUAGAAGGAAUGUCAUGUAUUGUUGUAAUGUGUAUAUUUUGUAAAUAGAAGUAAAGUCUGUCUACUCAAUUUGAAAGCUAGCCAGGCUACAUCACCAUAUGGAGUACCCGAGAUACUUCAGUGUGACUUACGUAUGUAAAAAAGUGUCCUUCUGGUUCGUCAUAUUCAAAUGCUAACUGAUUGGCUGUUUUAUUAAGCAGACUGGGAUAUUGUUCAAAAUAUUGCAGUUUAGCAGAUCUUAGGAACGCUAAUGCGAGUCACUGAAUAAAGAUGAA